AUGCGCACCACCUUCGUCAAAGACAUCAAGAUCGGCUCGGAAACACAGCAGCUUUGCAUCAACUUUCAGCUCGGCCGGAUGGGGACAUCUUCGCUUCCUUUCAUGGUCCUGGUUCCUUUCGGCUCCUCCGUGAUGACUCUCGCGGCGCUGGGCCUGUUUGCUUGGAGUUUCAUGUUGGUGCUGAGUGCUGGGCCGAUCGACUCCAAAGGAAUUUACAUCAACGGCGACCACUACCCCAGCCUCUAUAAGACGCUCCAGAAGCCGCUCAAUGGAAUUUGGUGGGACUUGGCAGUCGUUGGUUUCGUGCUCGGGCUCAUCUGGAUCACUGAGCUGAUGAUUGCCGUGGGCCAGUUCGUCGUGAGCUUCUGCGUCUGCAGGUGGUUCUUCGUUGAAAUUGGGGAAGAGAAAGAAGAGGCGAAGCAUGAGAAGAAGGUGGAGAGCAGCUCCAAGGCCUCCGCCAGCAGCCACAGCCACGGACACCGCGUGGACAACCUUCAGAUCAAAGGUGGUCCGGCCAGUGGCACUUAUUCAGGUGUCGUAGAAACAGACGAGAAGGGCACGAAGAGGUUGGUCGUCGACAUCUUCGACAAAGGCCCAGAUGAUAAACCGAUGAAACCCAUAGCUUAUGAGAAUAAGCCUCACGAGUGUUCCUGGAUUUGCGAAGCGUAUUUGACGGCCUUGGGGCCCUGCAUUGGCACGCUCUUGCGCUUCUGCUGGCCUGUUUGCCUUACCCGGCCGCUCCGCGUCUUGUCGGAGGUGAUCAUGUUUCUGACCACCCCGGCAGCGACGAAGACGGAGCGCAAAGCUUUGACGGACGAUGACGAGGACGACCGAAGCGUUUGGGGACUCCUCGCCGCAGCAGGCGAUCUCUUCGCGAAAGCCGUCACCCACGAGUUUGGCGGUUACAGCAAGGAUGCCUUUGUGGAUCUUGUUCUCCGUGAUGUCAACUUCGCUUCGGCAUCUCGUGACGUUCAUGACUUCAUCCAAAAGUCCGGCGGCGUCGUCGCCUUCCUUCAUGGGAUGACUCGCUUCUACGAGAUCAUCUCUACAUGCUUCAUUAUGUUCAUUUCCUCCUUCCUGGGCUUCGUGGCCAUGAACCAUUGGUCCAUCUUCUCCCACCCGGCUUUCCUAGAUGUUGCUGAGGCUGCGGAUGGGAAAAGGGUCGUAAGCAGAAAACUCAAGCCGGCCCAGUCCAUGCAAAUCGUGAGCUCUGCUUGGCGUGGAUUGUUGGCCCGAUAA